AGCGUCCCGCGGGGUCCGCCCGCCAUCCCGCGGCAGCSCCGCCGCCGCAUCCCGAGGAACGCCGCGGGCCGGGCCGCUGCCGGAGGGGCUGCGCCGGCAGGCAGAGCCCGGCCUGGGGGAGAACGGGGCAUCGGCACCUCUCCCCGCGCCCCAUGAGCGAUGCGGACCGCGGCGGGGAGCACCGGGCGGGCGGUCACGACAUGCCCGCCUCCGAGGCCGUGCCGCUGCCGUCCCCGAGCAAGAGGCAGAAGGGCUCGGGGCCCACGGAGGGCUCUGCGCGGCUCCGCUUCACCAAGCUGUCCGAGAACGCCUUCGCCCCCUCCAGGGGCUCCGCGCGGGCUGCGGGCUACGAUCUGUACAGUGCUUAUGACUGUGUGAUACCACCAAUGGAAAAGGCUGUAGUGAAAACAGACAUUCAAAUAGCACUUCCUUCUGGAUGCUAUGGCCGAGUAGCACCACGUUCUGGUUUAGCUGCAAAGCACUUCAUAGAUGUUGGAGCUGGUGUUAUUGAUGAGGAUUACAGGGGAAAUGUUGGUGUGGUACUCUUCAACUUUGGCAAGGAGACUUUUGAAGUUAAGAAAGGGGACAGAAUCGCCCAGCUCAUCUGUGAACGCAUUUAUUAUCCUGAGUUAGAAGAAGUUGAAGCUCUGGAUGAUACAGAACGUGGUGAUGGUGGCUUUGGUUCUACUGGAAAGAACUGAAAAUUACUUGAAUACACUUUCUAUAUAUUUUUUUUUUUGUUACGCUAUUUCUAAAUUUUCAUCUGAAUUAGAAGUAGGAUUUUUGGAGUACAUAAAAAUAUUUCAAGUUUUAUUGAGACUUSUCUGUUCUCCAGUGAAUUUGUCUUCAUAACAAGGAAGUGUGCAUGACUGGCUUGACUUACUAGUUUGAUGUAUUUUUUCUUUCAAGUUCCUUAGCAAAAGGAACACWUUGGUUAUGUGGCAAUUAUACUGUAAUAAAUUAAAAAAACAAC